UUUAAUUACUGGAUUCUUCCAACAUGAUCGACUUUCCAACCAUCGUUUUGACCUUCUUUGUUAUUGGGGGGAAACAAGGAUAUUAUGCUUCUAUAUAUAUAUAUAUAUAUUUACUAAACCAUUUCCUUGGAAGUUUUCUUAAGUAUAUCUAACUACUGGGAUAUAUAUCAUAUGUAUAUAGCUUAAUCUAGAAAAGUUUAUAGUUAACUUAAAUGAAUAUAUGAUAACUACUUCAAUGCUCAUGAAAGGAGGGGACCGAAUUGAGGAAAUAUAUGGUGCAUUAAUGGACUGGGACUUUAGAGAGUUUGGUUGGGAGGAGUCAACUGAGUUGGACCCGAAAGAAGAUGAUGAUGAUGAUUUGGUAUUUGACUUCAUUAGCUCAGGAAGAACAACAACACAGAAGAGUAGUAGUAGCAGUACUACUACUACUACUACUACAGCUCCAUCUUCGGAGGGCUUAAAGCUGGGUUCGACCACCACCAUGACUGACCCAACUGAGCAACAGUCGUUGAAAAGACCAAACCAAGUCUUGGGGGACUCAAAUUUGGCCUCUUCACCAUCUGGGUCAUCAAAGAGGCUUAAUGGUGGUGCUCAAAAGCUGUCCUGCUUGGUCGAUGGUUGCAGAGCAGAUCUCAGCAAUUGUAGGGAAUAUCACAAGCGCCACAGGGUCUGCGAGCGCCAUUCCAAAACCCCAAUUGUUGUUGUUAAGGGAGAAGAGAAAAGAUUUUGCCAGCAGUGUAGUAGAUUCCACUCUUUGGGUGAGUUUGAUGAGAUCAAAAGGAGCUGCAGAAAACGCCUGGAUGGACACAACAGGCGCCGGAGAAAAUCACAGCCUGAACCUCUCUACUUCAGCUCAAAGGGCUUUCUGUCUGGUUACAAAGUCUGUACUUUUGGAUGUUCAGGCCCCAGAAUCUUGCAUUUCGGGAGUCCACAAAUAUAUGCAGCCACAAGUGUGAAAAGUUUAUGGCCAAUGGAUACCAAAACUGGAGGACAAGAGUCAUGGAUUUAUAGUCCUCCUCUUCCUCACAAACGUUUCCAGGUUAACCAGCAAAGCCCUUCUCCAACUCCCUUUAAUGGAGGUGAUAAAAGGGUCUUUUUCUUGCAGAAAAAUGACCCCAAACAAGGCAACCAAACAUACCCUGAAGCUAUUCUCUGCCACCCAUCCGAGCCACCAGGAAAAGGAAGGGAAAAAAGCCACAUACUGUCCUCUGAAGAGAUAUCCCUACCCAUCGACUCGGGUGGUCGUGCCCUCUAUCUUCUGUCAACAAAUCCAACACAGCUCUCUGGUGUGAACCAGAUGGGGCAACACAAUGAAAGUUUCCCAUAUCCAUUUCAGCUCCUUGACCACAAUGAUGGAAAGGACAAGCCUUUGGAUCAUCAUCAUCAUCUUUAUCAUCAUCUUCCAGCUUAUGAUGUCAACAAAUCCAAUAUUUAUGGCAAUAUGAUGCUUAGGAUGGGACCAGAAGACUGCUUGGAAAAUGGGGCUGCAGCAGCACUGCAAAUGCUUCCAAUUUCGUUGGAGUAAUUGGCUUUGGCUUAUGAGGUUUAUGUCUUGAAAUAUUAUGUUUUAUGUUCUGUUUUAAGACUCAGUUUUUCUCUGAGAGCUUCAAUAAAAGCUACUUGUCAACUUGCCAUAUUUACUCGGACAAGAA